AUGCCUCCAGUACCAAUCUACGCAUCGAGCCCCAUCACCGCCGCCAAGGCUUCGGGCGUAACACCUCAGACUGCGGGCUCAGAGUCCGCUGCAGCCAAAUCUUCGGGCCCAGCGCCGACGCCGACGACAGCUCAAGCUUACCCAGCUGCCCAGCCAGGCGCAACACCACACUUGCCCAAGCAGACCGGUGCUCCCUCGGCCUCAUAUCUUCCUCCCACCCAGACACAGAACCCGUCAGCCGGACCUCCCGCCCCUCAGCCCGGAGCCGUGCCUUCCGCGUCCGGCCUCCCCCCGCCGCCCAAGACCGGCGAGGCCUAUCAUCCCCCUCAACAGACACCUGCUCCGCAGGCGACGACUCCAUACCCACCCCAAAUGUCCAUCCCGCCACCUACAACCUCUUACGCAGCAAGCUACGGCUCCUCCACUGCCACGGCCACGGUACCCGGCUAUCCUCAGCCUCCCGGCCCCACGCCCCUGCCCUUCGGCAACGAUAACGACCGCCUUGCUCACCCGCCGGGCUACCAGCAGAACGCUGGCGCCGCAGACUUUAGUAGUAACCAGCGCGCUGCGCACGCGGCGUCGGUGCGCGAGAGCGGGCCGCUCGACGGAUCAGAGGAGGGAGUGUGGGAAGCGGCGAAGAAAUGGGCUUCCACAGCAGGCGGGAACCUCGCAGCAGCCGAGACGGAGAUUUGGCGCAGGAUCAACAAGAACUGA